GUCAAAGUUGGACGUCAAUACAUUAAACACAAGUCAGGUUUGCAUCCUUACUAAUUUAUGCUAUUAUGUACCUUAAUUUUAUUUUUUAACGGAAGUAUUAUAAUAUCUGUGGUCACGAUCAACAUGAUGGAAAAGUAUCAUAUGAAUAAUAUAAUGACAGGAAAUUUGGAUAUGCUCUGCCUCGUCUGUAACACUUACUUGAAAAGUGCUGACGACGCAGAUGCUCACAUUACACUGCCCAUACAUAAAAAGAACUUUUCUAAAACGAUCUAUGUCGAGAAAUAUGAAGAAGAUCAUGUUAAAAAGGUUCUAAAUGGAUACUACUGCGAAUUGUGCAAUUUACUGUUUCCGAUGUUAUCCAAAGUACCUCUGCAUGUUGAAGACGAGAAACACAUAGCAAACAAAAAUUACAAUGUCUUAAAACGUGUGGGAAACCACAUUAUCGCCUACAAUGAGCUGAUAAUCGACAUCAAAUCAUGGCAUGGCCUCAAAGAUAACACAUGUAGCGUGUGCAUUACAGAAUUCGAUAAUGAAGGUAUUCACAGGACCAAAACUUCACACGUUAUAAAUUUAAUUCAGAAGAAAAUUGUGUUUGGACCCCACAAAGUCAUUUAUCGUUUGGUUGAUGAAAACACAUACCAGUGUUUGACGUGCAACAUUAUACUAACUACAAAUUCCGUUGAAUCACAUUUUAAUGAGGCAAUUCAUCGCGAGGGAAUAAAAAAAUGCAGUGAGUUAUAUUCUGUUUUUUUAAACAAUAACGAAACAAUCGAAAAUUUUAAGGAAUUUAAUAAAAAAAAUGAAACCGAACUACAUAUUAUUAACGAAAUUGUUAAUGCUAAUAUACCGCCUGUAAAACUUAAAAAGAAAAUACACAAAGAUCCGAUUAUAAAACCAGUCUCAAAUCAAGCAGCUAAUAUGCCUGAAACAAAAGAAUUUGAAAACUCUGACUUUAACUACAUAGAUAAACGAAAUGAUAUUGAUUCCUUUAAUGAAAUUAAUUUAAACACAAAUAAAGAUGAUAUGGUUUUUAAAGAAAUAAAUUUAGAUAAAAUAUUACAAUUUGUGCAAACAUUCGAAAAAAACGAAGUUAAUAUAAAUUUCGAAACAGAAACAGCAUUCUGUAAGAAAUGUUUUAUAAAUGUUAAUUUCGAAUUUGAAUCAAUUAACGACCAUAUUAAAGGAAAGAGACAUACAGAUACGAAAAGAUUUGUAUCUGAUUAUGUGCCUUUUCAAUGUGACGCAAGGAUAAAUAAACCAUAUAAAAAUAAGGAGAAGGGAAACUUAUCUGCAGUAGCGGAUGAAAGUACAAAAAACUAUGUCAGUGCACCAGUUGUUCCUUAUUAUAAUAAAAAUAAUUAUUAUAAGAUUGAAAAUGAAAAACAAGACAACAAUAAUGAAGAGGAACAAGCACAACAGAGAUCUUGUGAUGACAUUACAGACAUCGAUGAGGAUUUUAACAAAGUUAACACUGACCUAAUUACAUAUGCAAAAGAGAAUCAUUUGACAUAUAACAAAAAUAACCGCAAUGUGUACUGUCGUAUAUGUUUAACUAGAAUUCCUUCAUCAUUAAAUUCUAUGAAAGAACAUGUAAAAGGUGCAAAACAUAAAGCAGUUUUAAUAAAACAUGAAAUGGCCUCAAUAAAAACGUUGCAGUCUAAUAAGUUUUUCGAAGAUGUUACGAUGACAGAGAAAUUUGCUAUCAUAAACUAUAAGUUUUUUUUACCGAAGUUAAGUUUUUUUAUGUUGACUCCAAUUGACACCUACAAAUUAAGAUGCCAUAUUUGCGAAGUUCAUUUAUUUGAAGGUCAAAUUCCAGCACACGUAAAAUCCCAUUUGCAUGCUUCACUUUUGAAGGAUAUUCCUGUAGUAACAUCCUUAAAUAAUGAAUUCGUUAGAGUGGUGAGUUCUGGAUUGUAUCACUGCGGAUACUGCAAUCACUGCAUCAAGGGCUGGAAAAAACUCCAGCGUCAUUUGAAGACCGAGAGUCACAUUGAAGAGGUGUCUCAAUUAUCGGCGAUCUUCCAAUUCUAUUUGCCUAAACUAAGGCAAUAUAGAAUACAAAAGGCAAUGGAGAAUAAUAUUUUUAGAAUGUUUUUUUUUAAUAAUUUAAAAAAACCACAUAUAAUUAGUCCAUGA